AUGGCAGAAGCGGCCAGGUGCGGAAGAAGAAAACAGAGAAAUCCCAAAAGAAAAAAUGUCGAGAAUGAUGAUGUUGACACAAGCAUAAAUAAGAAAAAGAGGGAAGUCGAGACAGAAACAGAAGUCGAGAAACAAGAAAAUAGUAUCAAUGACAGCAAUGGCCAUGACAACAGUGCAAUCAGUGACCAUGAUGAUGACAAAUCUACCACCAACCUUAGCAACCAUGACAUGGAGACAGAUGUGGAAAAGGACAAGCUGAAAGACAUGGUUAUACAUGAUCUACCAGAUAAGGUUAUGAUUCCUGAACCAAUUACUGCAGUGAAAGAGAAUGUUGAAGAGGUUGUGGAGAAGCCAGUUGUUCAUCCUGAACCUGUGAAGGUUGCAGAUCUGCCCUGCAAGCCCCCAGUAUGUGUUGCCUUGUCCACAGGAUGUGUUACAGAGGAGGAAAAGAUCCAGGAAUACUUGAAUCGUAGUGACACUGCUGUCAUUUACCCAGAACCGGUGUCUGAUCGUGAAGGCGAAGAGGAGGAAGAUGAUGAUAACAGCAGCAAGAACGAACCAGAUACUGAUUCCUUGAUGCUUCCUGGUGAGGAGGUAAUUUUAAAGUGCAUCCACUGUGAACAGAGCUUCAUCCGUGCCACACUGCUUCGUGACCAUAUGAAGAUGCUCCACCCAGACAAGCCUAUCAAAUACUUGUGUCCCAAGUGUGAUGAAACAUUCCUUCUGAAGUCUCAACUAGAUAAGCAUCUAGCCCUCCACUCACCAACAUCCCAGUCCUGUAAGAUCUGCAACAAGACUUUCGCCAAUGUAUACCGCCUCCAGCGUCACAUGAUCAGCCAUGAUGAAAGCACAGAUCUACGCAAGUUUAAAUGUCCUGAAUGUGGAAAGGCUUUCAAGUUUAAACAUCACCUUAAGGAGCAUGUCCGUAUCCACAGUGGUGAGAAACCAUUCCAGUGUCCAAACUGCGGUAAACGAUUCAGCCAUUCAGGAUCUUACAGCAGUCACAUGACUUCCAAAAAGUGCUGGGUAAUGAACCAGAACAAGCCAAGAUCGCUGGACCAGAACAGUAAUACUGAGUCUCCAAGCGUGUCCUAUUCCCCUAUCCGUACUCCAGUCACAGCCAUUGGUAUGGAAACCAUGAUCCAGAGUCUUACUGCUGGCAAGUUCUCUCCAGCGUUUCUGCACUUCGACCCGACAAAGGGUGGCCUUCCAUACUACACUCCUCCCAGUGGAUACCUCCCAAUGGCAUACACAGUAAGGCAUGGAAACCCAAUUAAGCCUAUCAUGACCCCGUUGAUCCAUCAUCAGAAACCAUUGGAGUGUCAACCUUCCUCAGUUCCCAGCACCAGUCCCUCAGCACCGAUGCCAUUGUCUCAGAUCUCUCCAGAUGUCAACUCUAACACUCAACUCAUCAGCAAGCAGGCCAGUCUGCAGGUGGACGGAAGCAUUCCUAUCCCAGCCUCUGUAGCUGCCACUAUUGCUGCCACCAUUGCGGCAUCUGUUGCAGAAACUCCCACUACUCCUACUGCCAUUGCCACCCAGGAUGCUGCUGCUGCUGCUUCAGAAAAACCGUUGUCACCUCCACCAUGCAACAUCAAGACUGAGAAAUUGACAGACUCUGAAGUGGAAAGUAGUGAGAAGCCUGAAGAGAUGCCAGAUGCUUCAAUGAUAAAGCAGGAGCACCAGAAUGGCGAAGGCACUCCAUGUCGAUUCUGUGGAGACAGCUUCAACAGUCCUGUGGACCAGCAUCAGCAUGAACGGUACCUCUGUAAGCUAAAUAAGGAUAUCAUCCAUCGUAUACCUAGUGGAGAGAGCGCCAGAAACUCACCUUGCAGCACCAUGUCAGAGAGUGGUAGUCAUCGGGAUACACCCAAUGGAAGUAUCAGUGCAGAGGCCGAGACUGACAAUGAGGAGAUUGAAGAGAUAUACAAGACAGAGAAAAACUCACCAAUGGAAAGCAAGAAAUUUCGUAUGAGAUCUCUUAUUAGUGAUGAUCAGCUGAAGGUGCUUAAGUCUCACUACCAGGUCAACCCUCGCCCCAGGAAGUAUGAACUCAUCCGCAUCGGAAAUGAGAUAGGACUCCCAAAGCGUGUUGUACAAGUUUGGUUCCAGAACCAGCGAGCCCGGGAUCGCAGAAGAGGCAUGAAUGUUCCAUAUUUCCCAUCCAUGGCCAGGUUUAAGCGACAAGAGAGUCCCUCAGUCCAGUGGAAGGAGACUGCACCCAAAACAUCCACUCCAAACUACAUUGCAGUAGUACCAACACCCUAUGCUCAUGGAGUCAAGGUCAAUGGCAAAGUCACACCUCCAAAACGAACACCAACGAGUGAGGAGCAGCCACUGGAUCUAAGUGUGAAGAUGAGUAAGCCACCAGAUGCUCAUUCCGGUAGUCGAUCAUCCAGUGCCACACCACCUAGUAGCCGCUCAGGGGAGACAACCAACCGUCCAGGGGACCAAGUUUUAAAUCUGAGUACUCGAGCAGACGAUGCCAGCAAGACAAGUGUGGAAGGAAGUCUUCAGAACUCUGCCAUCUACAAGUAUAUGCAGCAGGAGGGUUUGUUUGCUGCACACAGACAUCUCCUUACAAACGCCAUACUGACAUCGUCUCCUAGUCUAAUUCGUCCACUUUCUACACCUACCAUUCCAAAGAGAGAGAACUCUGUCACACCAACUCCAUCCAUCUCAUCGCUAAGCGACAUUGCCAGAAGCCACUGUGAACGUGCCCGAUCAACACCCAGUGACAAAUUUGACAUUUCAUCUGAUGGACACAACCGUGACUUGGAAAAUGGCCGAGAUGUGGAUCACAGACUUGUAAUAGAUGAGCAAUCAGACAUGUCUGAUGACGACAGUAGCCACAGUUAUGAGUGCAGCACUGCAAUGGCCGAUGCAACGUGUAACCUUUCGACCUUGGCUGAAGUCAGCCUCGCAGAUCACCACAACAUCACCAUGACUGCUGAAGGCGAGAUCAAGGUCAAAAGGUUACGCAAGAAGUCGUGGCGACAGGUACACAGCUAUAUGGAGGCAGAAGAAGCUCAGUUAGAGCUUGAUGAAUCCUUAUUGGACGAAGAUCACCCUUUCCGCAAAAAACGUAGAUCUUGGAAAAAUCAUCGCAUGGAUUCAGAGGAGGGACUUUAUGCUUGUGAUCAAUGCAAGAAGAUGUUCAGCAAGCAGAGUUCUCUUGCCCGCCACAAGUAUGAACAUUCAGGAGCACGACCAUUUUCCUGUGAGCUUUGUGGAAAAGCCUUCAAGCACAAGCAUCACCUGACCGAGCACCGACGCCUACACAGUGGGGAGAAACCUUUCCAGUGUAAAAAGUGUGGCAAGCGUUUCAGCCACUCUGGGUCAUACAGCCAGCAUAUGAACCAUCGUUACAAAUACUGCAAGCCAAUGAGAGGCGAGGAAGGCCAUGAUGACCACGAAAGCCAUGAUGGACAUGAAAUGAUGGACCUUCAUGAUGGAUCCUCAUCACCAUAG